UUAAGAAACUGCCAUGUUCUCCCUUCAUGAUGCGUCAACAUAAAAAGCGGAUGAUGCUGUUAUGUAAAACAUGCCAAAGUCAGCCGGAGUUUGCAGGAUCUGCGCUCAGGGCCUCGAUCGCUUUUUAAACUCAUCUUCUCCGGUUUAAAGACUCUAGGGAGGAUUUUAUUUUAUUUUUUUCCCCACAGCGUCGCGGCUUGGAGUUUGGAUUGAGGAAGGAAAUAAAGCAGGCUGCCUGAGAUCAGAUCAACAUGAGUCGCCCUGCGCUCGCUUUUCCUCCUUCAUUCGUGGGAAGCUCAUACACCUGACGCAUCUCUGCACCUUUUCCCAGAGGAACCGAUCCGGGCUUCUUUCUAAAGGAUCAACCCGCUCUGCCUCUGCUUGUUCCGGGGCUGAUUUUACUCUGCGAAACGAUUAAUGACGACCUAACACCCUGUGGAUGACAAAAUUUCAGCACUGCUGGUCACUGAUGCUGAGAACAUGGUGAAAGCUCAACAGAGCCAGUUGGUGAAAUGUCGGAAGCUCCAGCAGAAUAAUACGUGCAAGAAAAAGGGAGAAGUUAAACAGAAGGGAAAUAUAAGAAAAAACAAGCUUAAUGACAAACAAAAGCGUGAGAUAAAAGGUCCCCAACACAGGAAGAAAACUGGAACAACAGGUAAUGGAGAUGCAUUAGCCUGCUGUGUUCUGCUGACCCGUCUGGAUGAGAAAGGAGUCAUCUGCAAAGAAAAGAAUGCAAAAUCCAAGAUGCGAAAGAAUGCUAAAGUCAAAAAGAAAGAGUGCUCUGUUUCAAAAACUACCAAAUCUGGUCCCAUGUCAACUUCCACAACCAAUCAGCAAACUCCGGAACCAAAAAAAAUUCAAGAGAACACCUUACUCAUGUUAACUUCCCCUGCUUUGGAGCCUCGCAGGAGAAGAAUGGCCUCCCUCAAUGCUGAGGCCGUCAAUAGUUUGCUGCUUUACAGAGACAGUUCGAUUAUCACAAAUCUCACCAAGAAACUGCAGCCUUUAGGCGAAGAUGCAGACAGGGAUGUUUCUAAAGCCAAAAAUCUUUCUGCAGGAGGGGAAACAGCCAAAAAAAAGAAGCGGGCAAAAGAUCAGGUAGAGAGCAUUGACUGGUUGACUUUGCUUACACCAACGCCUCGACGUCAGGCAGGCCUCACCGCAGCUACGCUUCUCAAACUCACCAGUGCCCAGUACAAAACCAAACGGCAGAAAAAGACCGAGUCCACGCUGGAGUUGAGAAAUGAGCCUACAGAGUCUAGUCAGAAUGGCUUAAAUACUGACGCAGUGCGUGACGGAACAACACAGACUCAAAAAAGAAGGCAACACACCAAAUUAGAAAAGCCUCUUAAGCACAGAAACCAGAGCACAGAAUUUCCAGCUCAUCCAAAGCUGAGCUCUGCUCCUCAGGGCUGCUGCAGUCUUCAUCAGACCGAGUGGGAGAGUACUACAGGGGGCCUGGGCUGCGUAAAGCAUGCCUUCCAUUGUGGUUCCUCUUUGGGAUUCCCCUUAAAAACAAUCAAGGAGGAGCAGAUGGAGACAGAAGUGACUUCCUGCUUUUGCUGCUCCCAAGAGAGAUGUGUUGAGUACUGUCACAGACUGGCCCUCUUCCUGGAGGACAAGACCUUUAAGGAACCAGAGGACAGCUCAAAGUCCGAAGUGUUCCACCACCACCACCAUCAUCAUCAUCAUCACCACCACCACCAUCUCCAAACACCCCAUUCUGUAGCCCACCCAGCAGCCAUAACCAUAAACCCACACACGUACACAUGUUACCCGGGCUACUAUGUCCAUUUCAGCCACCCAGAUGGCUCGCCUUCUCCUAUACCGCCCCUCACUCUAUGUCAGAGGAGCAGCAAGAGGCCGAAGCUGCACCCCAGCACAGGUCUGCAACCCUCAGGGAUCAGACAUCCAGUUUACUGCUGCACUUCAGUGGAGCCCUGCAGAAUCAACAGCUACUCUUAUUCUAGUGUCAUUCCUGCCAUCUCCAGAGAAGGCUGCCCCCUCAGCCCCAAAGACUGCACCAAAUGUCACCAAGGCAUCAAAAGAGAAGAAUACUCACCGAGCCUCAGUGAUCACCACAGUCCGCCCUCCGUCCCCAUUUGUCCCAGCCCCAGAGUCCUGACUGGCUGCCCCAUUCCCACUGUGCCUCCAGCCGGCCAAUCAGUGCCCCACGUUCAGACUCCGCUGUCAGACCCCAGCCAACCCCAGCCCCCUCUGCAGGUGGCGAAGGAGUGUCCACAGAGUGCCAAGCCGCCAAGUGGCUCCAGAUCUGGAGCCCGCGGGGGCCGGGCCGGCUCUCCUCUCAGCCGGGUCAAGAACCAGAGGCUCAACUCAGUCUCUGCCGGAGGGCAAACUGUUCCCAAACAGCCCAAGAACAGCCGGCAAAAAUCCACCAACGGCUGGAGAUCUCUGGGCCUGCCCUUUGAGAAGGAGGUUUUUGUUGUUGGAGAGGAGACCCCGGUGCUGAGGAAGUGUUUUGAGGGAAUCUGCAGAGAUGGGGACGUGAUUCGCGUCAGAGACACGGUUCUGCUGAAGUCUGGGCCCAGAAAGAAGACCCUGCCAUACGUUGCGAAGGUGUCUGCCCUGUGGGAGGAGCCAGAGUCAGAAGAGCUGAUGAUGAGUUUGUUUUGGUAUUACCGCCCAGAACACACCCAGGGAGGACGCAACCCCGCCAUGCAUUGUGAGAAUGAGAUAUUUGCAUCCCGUCAUCAGGAUGUCAACAGUGUGGCCUGUAUUGAAGACAAAUGCUAUGUCCUAACAUUGGCACAGUAUUGUCGAUUUUGUGCCUUGGUGAAGCGCCGGAGGGAGGGUGUACGAGACAGCGCCGCCGCCCUCAUGGUGCCCCCCGUUCUUAGCAACGCCAUGCCCACUCACCACUGUGUGCCCGAUGAUGUCGACCCAGAGCUGGUACUGUUCUGUCGACACGUCUACGACUUCCGCUACGGACGCCUCCUGAAGAACCUGCAGUAGUGUUUGACACUUUGAGAUGCAGGAGAGUGGAUCGCAUCACCUCACCAUCAUCCUCCAUGAGUUUUAAUCGACUACUUGUGGCUUGGUCGGAAGAAUUUAAUUAGCUUUGAACUGUUUAUGUUUAAACACCACGCUUUUGUUUAGCAGGCUUCUGACAUCAUGCAUCAGAGUUAUAUGACAGUGUGGAUGGCCUGUUGGGAUGUAGCAGCUGUUGGAAGAAUAUUGAGGUUACUCUGCUGUAAAAAAAAAAAAAAAAAAAGCACAAAAAAACGCUACUGUAGCUCUUAGAAAUGUGACAUUUGACAGAUCUGCAGCUGAUGUUUUAUGUUUUUGCUGCUCUCUGCCUGACAGAUAUCAGACACGUGAAGUGCUUCGAUGGACUGCUCAUAGCUAAAGGAAAACCUAGGAGCUUAUCGUAGUUAAUGUAAGAAGUGGCUGAGGAUUUUAUCUUAUCGAGUUUCCCUCUAAUUUGAAUAUGUUAAAUAUCCCAUCUCUGCAUCCAGUCCUGGGAUGCAUUUUACUGUUUUAAGAGAGUUUUCUCAAAUCUCUGCUUUGAAUAACAGCUAGUAAUUGAGCUAGGAACUGCUUAGGGCCAACUUGCGAUGUAAAAACGAGAUUGAAUCGCUGCUGUAAAGAGAAAUGCACUCGCUGUAGUCAGAUGGCAUAGCAGAGUUGUUAGUUUCAGCUUGGGUUACAUCCACAAUAACAGUUUCAUUUUAAAUACAUCAGAACGUUUCUGUUUUAGCGCCUCCCAACCUUCACAAACAUCGCUGUGGGUGAAGAUUGUUGACAUGAACCUAGUGAGAAAAAAUUGGAUGAGAAGGUCUUUUAAAAGUCACAACAGAGAUGAUCAGCAGAAAAUCAGUUGGUGGUUUUAACCAUCAUGGCAAAUUUAUAUAUAAAAAAAAACUAUAAGCUUUAAUUACUUAAAAAGUGUCCACUAGUAAUUGAUUUCCCAGUGUAGAAA